AUGGGUUCUUGUGUCAGUGUUGAAGAAGAAGACAAUCAGCAACCAAAUAACAAAUCUUGUAGUAGCAGAUCAGCGGUGCAUGGAGCAGAUGUAUCUCCCACCAAAGCAGACUAUCUCCUUUUGAACGAGCUAGAUACUCAAGAGAAACGAAAAACUAUAAACUCUGUUGUAACAAUUUCCAAAAAUGUGCAGGAUCUACGCCAAAAUUCUGGUAAUAGUGAUCUUGAUAUCUUUACAUAUGAGGAGAUGAAAUCAGCUACCAAGAACUUCCGACCAGAUCAGGUUCUUGGUGAAGGUGGAUUUGGUAUUGUUUAUAAAGGAGUUAUAGAUGAGAAUGUAAGGCCUGAUUACAAGACAAUUCAAGUUGCCAUUAAAGUGCUUGAUCCCGAAGGUCUACAAGGCGAUCGAGAAUGGCUGGCAGAAGUCAAUUACUUAGGGCAGUUUCGCCACCCGAAUCUGGUGAAACUGAUUGGGUAUUGCUGCGAAGGUGACCAUAGGCUGUUGGCAUACGAAUAUAUGGAGUCUGGGAGCUUGGACAAACACCUCUUUUCGAGAGUGCGUGUCACUUUAACAUGGCAUAGAAGAAUGAAGAUUGCUCUGGAUGCUGCAAGAGGGCUUGCUUUUCUUCAUGAUGUGGAAAGGCCUAUUAUAUAUCGGGAUUUUAAGACUUCAAACAUUUUGCUAGAUUCGGAUUUCAAUGCAAAACUUUCCGAUUUUGGACUGGCAAGAAUUGGUCCCACUGGAGAUCAAACUCACGUGUCAACUCGAGUUAUGGGAACUUAUGGUUAUGCUGCUCCAGAGUAUCUCAUGACAGGACAUUUAACUUCUCGAAGUGAUGUUUAUAGUUUUGGAGUUGUUUUACUUGAAGUGCUUAUUGGAAGGCGAGCAGUGGAUAAGAGCAAGCCUAGUCGAGAGCAUAACCUUGUUGAGUGGGCCCGCCCACUCCUGAACCACAGUAGGAAGCUUUUGAGAAUUCUGGAUCCUAGAAUUGAAGGGCAAUACUCGACUAAAGUUCUCAUGAAGGUGGCCAACCUAGCAUAUCAAUGUCUCAGCCAAAAUCCGAAAGGGAGACCCGUCAUGAGUCAAAUUGUCGAAACACUUGAGAUCCUUACAACACAAGAAGGGGGUCGAGAAGAGGCAAUUCUACAGAGUGGAGGUGGCAGUGUUAUCCUUUAUGAAGUUCCAAGAAGUCUGCAGGACACUCCCAAGGAAAAGAAGAAAAGCCAAUGCGAAAGGGAUGAUGAAAGAGAUGUCCCUCAAACGAGUAAACGAGCUAAUGGAAGGAGCAAAAGCGAACCUCCGAAGGACUGCGAUCUUUAUCCCCCUUCAGAAGCUCUUUUUGAUAAGGAAUCAUCCUCAAAUGGAUGUUGA